UACCGGUUCAUACAAAAACAUCCAAUGUGUAUGGCAAUGGACAUAAGAAAACGAGGAUUGAUGUUGAAGCGGAAAAUCAAGUAAAAAAAUUAAUUGAAUGAAAAAGGAAGAUACACCCAUCAAUCUACUAUAUUAUAUCCAGUCGUCAUUUUAAAUUAAAGUUCACAUUGUCUAGCGAGUACAAUAUUAUUAUACGAAGGAAAGAGCGCAUGAGGAGAAAGGAGAGUAAAAAAAUACAUUAAGUUAUUAAGUUCCAAAUAACAUCAGUGGUAACUUAGUUUUUUUUUUCAUUUGAUUCACGUAUUGAAAAAAAAAUGCUUACGACUAUCUUGUAAAAAGCACGUCUUUUUCUCUCGUAUUCGCUUUCCUUCUCCUUUUUUAUUUUAUUAUUAUUAUUAUUAUUAAUAUUAAUAUAAAUAUAAUUUUAUUAUUAUUUAUCACCAUCAUCAAAACUCGUUCGCCUCUGAAAAAUUACUGAAUUCACUAAAAAAAAUAUAGUUAAUCUCCUUUUCUCUCUCUUCGUUGUGUAAUGAGAUAUCUAGAGAGGGUUUUGUAUUAUUUGUAACAAUUUUGCAAAAGGCUUCAAUUUUUAUCGACAAUUACGUAAUAAUAUCACAAGAGAUAAAUUAAUAUUCUCAUGAGCAUAAUCCUCUUUCUCUCAAGAACACAAAUUUGUAUGUUGAUUUAUAUUAUUAUCUUUCCCUAUCUAACUUGUUUUAAUUCCUUUUUUUCCAUUCAUAUAAUGUAUACUAUAAAUAUUUAUGCCGGACAUAUUUAAUAAAAAUAAUUCGUGUUAAAGAAUGAAGUCGAGAGAGGAUAAAAAAAAUUAAAACCAUAUUUAUUGUAUGCUGUACAUUUUUGUUAAAUAAUUCCUGGCAUUCUUAGCUCUUGUCGCUUUUUCAUUCAAUUCUUUUUUUUAUUUCCGUCGUAAGGAUGUGUCGGAACUUUCGAUUCAGUUGCUUUUUUGGGUAUAGAAAAAAAAUAAAUAAAAAUAAACGAUGAAUUGUUGUAAGUGGAAAAAACAACUCUUGGUCAUCUACAGUCGGGAAGACUCGUGUUCGUUAAAUGAUGAAAUAAAAGAAAAAAAUAUAUAUUAAAUAAAAAGCGUGUGUAGAAAGAAAAGACGCGAAUUACUUUCUACAGUAAUUAAUUAAUUAAUUAAUUAAUUGACUAUAAAAAAUAAAGUAAUUAAAAAACAAACAACUAACAUUAUCUAUGCACUAAGAUCCUUCCAGUUUUAACUGCGACUUCGAGAGAAAAAUGGAAUCUCUAUUUCUCGUCAUUGUUGUUUAACAAUACAUUUGAUGUAUUGUAUAUAUAAAAUUACGCGUGCAUAAAAAUAAGAAAUCUAAUGAUAUAAAAAAAACAUAUUACAUGCAAAAUGAGCGCUCUUUCUCUGAUGCAUUUAUAUGUACAUUACGGACAAACAAGUUCAACAAUUGAUAUUAUACGUUUGAAUAAACGUUUCGCUGUCGUGUUGAUAUUUUUCAAUGUAUUGGUGUUUGUCAAAAGUACAGGAAAAAAACAAUCAGCAUGCUAAGUGAAAAAAAUACAAGCUCGAAUCCAUUACAGAUACGUGUGCCUGUUAAAUUGUUUAAUAAUGAUCACGUUUUUCUUGUCAUGGUCAUUUAUAUCAUUGUUAAAAGUCAAUUAACAAUUUAAAUUAUUUAACGAAGGAUUUUGUGCUUCUUCAAUCUCGUUUUUUGUCUUGUCAAUUCGUUAAAUUAAAAAUUAAGUCAUUGAAUUAUUUUCUUCCUAAAUAUAACUUCAUCAACUCACUGUUAUAUCCUUCAACAAUUUUGCACUCAACUUCCUUUAUUAUUACGUUAUUCAUAAAAUUCGUUAAAUUAAUAUAAUCCUGAUCCCCCAAAGACAAAUAUUUCUAUUGUGGUUACGACGGUUAAUUUAUAUAAUUUUUUCAUUUAUUUAGAUAAAAAUGAUUGAAAUAUAAAAUGAUUAAUGAAUUAUUUAAUUCAAGAAAAUAUAUUAUAUAAGAGGUUAUUUCUCUAUCAUCACUGCAACAAACACGGCCCUUUCUUGACAAUUUUGAGAAAACUCGACUACAAGAGAUAACAGCAGAAGACGUGCAAAGAAAAGACUCAAGCAAGAGAGCAAACAAAAAAGAAACAAAAUCACUACCCAAAUACCUUUUUUCCCAACCAUUCCCCCAAUUUCCUAAUUACGUUGUUCUAUUUGUAUUUAUCAUCAAUCAUCGUAAUUGUAAAUUAUAAUUAUUAUAAACGUUUACACGAAAUAAUAAUAAAUUCUGAUAAAAUGUCUGAAAAACAGUCGUAAGCAAAGUAUGAAUUCAAUGCGAUAGUUUCCUAUAAUUCACAUGGGAUAAAUUGCAUGAAGAAUAAUAAAUGAAUGAAUUUAAUAAACAGGAUCCUUAAUAAAAAGAGGUGUGAUGUGCAGCAAGAAGAUAAAUAUAAGAAAAAUAUUUAAUGGUUUUCAUUAAAUGAGGCAUAGGAUUGACUGACAACAUAACUCGAGACGUGAUAAAGUUGUUAUUUAUUAUUUAAUUGUUCAUAUGAUGACUAAUUACUAUUAUUAUAAUUAUUAUAUCGAGUGCAUUUCUUCUCUUCCUUUUCUCGUUGUAUACACUUGAAUACGUGUUGCAGACAUGUGUAGAUAUGUGUAUGUGCCUUUUUCAACACAAAGGGCCUAUCUAAUACUAACAUGCUAUGAAAUUUUUUGCACAAUUUAUACGUAUAGUCGAUAUAUGAGGGUAUUGCUAAAAGCUAGAUCAUUUAGAAUUUAAAGACCAUGCAAUUCCUUUGAAAUAAACAAUUGUUGCGUGGAUCAAUUAUUAAAAACAUAAGAUUUUUACCAUUUACGUUUUAUUUCUUUUCAGUCAAUUGAAUAGGGUUUCUUUCGAUUUUUUAUAAAUAUUCUUUAUUAAUUUGUGCAUUUUUGUUUAUCGAUUGACUCUUUCAUACAGAAAAAUCACUAUUUAAUACAAAGUUUAAUUUUAAUUUCAAAAAAUUUAUGUAAAAUAAAUGUAAGAGUUAUAAAUUUAGAAUUUUCUGUACAAUUUAUAUAUUGAUAAUCAACAAUCGAUGUUUCUUGUUGUUAAAUACUGGGGAAAUUUUUAAGUUGAAUUUAGUGUAAACGAGGGAACAAUUAUAUUAUAUUUCUGUGUGAAAGAAGUAAUUACUGAAAGAUCUUUUUACUUGAUAGAAUUCAAAUAACAUACUCAUGCUCAUUUGUAAACUAUUUAGUUUAUAAAAAAACCCUCCUUUAGAUAUUUUUUUUUUUAAUUUACAGAUGCUUUCAAAAAAGUUUUUGCAAUUUCCUAUAGGUGUCCUAUAAUCUUCGUAUCGGAAAAAAUAAAAAUUGUAGGCUAGUUUCUUCAAUUUUAAUAUAAGAAUCCAUGGAUAAUCAGCUAAAUUAAUAGAUGAAAAAAAAUCUGUGCGGGACGAUUGUUUGUAAAUAAACUGUAAAAGCGUCGAAAAAGUAUUAAUUCUUUUUCCACUCCAAAGCUCGUGAUUAGAGAAUAUUUUUUUUCAGAUAGGACUAACGUAGAUAUUUUCAGUUUAAUUUCCUAUAAUUUCUUCUUGAUUCAUGUCGUGACUUUUAGCACGUAAUCGCAAGGAUUUUAAUCCAUCCACCUCAGAAAAAUAUUCGCUUGUUCAAUAAGAGCUGGAUGACGAAAUAUUAACGAUGAUGGAUACAUAUAAGAAAAUUCUGGCCGAUGAUCAAGCGUCUUCGAAAUUCAUCAAGCCCGGAAGUCAUAAAGGUAAAGGGCUUGCUGUAUUCACCAGUGGAGGUGAUUCUCAAGGUAUGAAUGCAGCUGUCCGUGCUGUAGUUCGAAUGGGUAUUUAUUUGGGAUGCAAAGUAUUUUUCAUCAAAGAAGGAUAUCAAGGAAUGGUAGACGGAGGAGACAAUAUCGUUGAAGCAAAUUGGUCCUCGGUUUCUUGCAUCAUUCAUCGGGGAGGUACUAUGAUAGGUUCAGCAAGAUGUACGGAUUUCAGAGAACGUGCUGGCCGUCUUAGAGCUGCAAAAAAUUUAGUGACCCGUGGCAUCACGAAUUUAGUUGUUAUUGGAGGUGAUGGUUCACUUACAGGCGCCAAUCUGUUCAAAUCAGAGUACUCUGGAUUAUUGAAAGAAUUAAAAGAAAAAGGUGAAAUUACUGCUGAACAAGUUGAGAAAUAUUCCCAUUUGCACAUUGCUGGAAUGGUCGGUUCAAUUGACAACGAUUUUUGUGGUACAGACAUGACAAUUGGAACAGAUUCGGCACUACAUCGUAUUAUUGAAAGUAUAGAUGCUAUUGUCAGUACUGCAUAUUCUCAUCAGCGUACGUUCAUUAUGGAGGUCAUGGGCCGUCAUUGUGGCUACCUGGCUCUAGUGGCAGCUAUGUGUUCCGAAGCAGAUUUUGUGUUCAUCCCUGAGUGGCCACCUGAGCAAGAUUGGCCUAACAAGCUCUGCAAAAAGUUGUUGCAGGAACGUUUAACUGGUCAACGUUUAAACAUUAUUAUCGUUGCUGAAGGAGCAGUAGAUCGAAAUGGUGAUCCUAUAACUGCUGAAAAAGUGCGUGAAGUCGUGGUAAAUAAACUACAGCAAGAUACAAGAAUAACUGUCCUUGGUCACGUACAACGCGGUGGAAACCCGUCAGCUUUUGACAGAGUUUUGGGAUGUAGAAUGGGUGCAGAGGCUGUAAUGGCUUUGAUGGAGGCGACACCGGAUACUGAAGCUUGUGUUGUUACUCUUGAUGGCAAUCAAGCUGUUCGAUUACCUUUAAUGGACUGUGUGAAUCGUACUAAAGCUGUAGCUCAGGCUAUGGCUGAUAAAAAUUGGGAUCUUGCUGUUCAAUUACGUGGAAAAGGAUUUGCUCGUAAUCUGGAAACAUACAAAAUGCUUACACGGUUAAAGGCUCCUAUUGGAGUUACAGACACUAAUAAGAAUAGUAUUGAUGGGUUUUUGUUAAAGCAACAUACUCUUUGUGGUCAAGAUCACUACACUUUGGCAGUAAUGCACGUUGGUUCUCCGUCCUGUGGAAUGAAUGCAGCAGUUCGUUCAUUUGUUAGAAAUUGCAUCUAUCGAGGAGAUAAAGUUUAUGGAGUUUGUGACGGUGUAAUGGGACUUGCUGCUGGUAAGCUUAAGCUCAUGGAUUGGCCUUCUGUGACAGGAUGGGUUGCUCAAGGAGGUGCUUAUCUUGGUACCAAACGUGCUCCACCGAAAGACGAGCAAUUGCCGCAAAUUGCUGCGCGUUUAAAAGAAUUUGGAAUACAAGGUCUUCUUGUUAUUGGCGGAUUUGAAGGAUAUCAAACGUGUCUAACAUUCCUGAAAGGCCGAGAUAAAUGGGAUGAAUUUAAAAUACCUAUUGCCAUGAUUCCUGCCACAAUUAGUAACAAUGUUCCUGGCACAGAGUUUUCUCUCGGUUGUGAUACUGCUUUGAAUGAAAUUACUGAAAUUUGUGAUCGUAUUCGUCAAUCAGCUCAAGGAACAAAACGUCGUGUCUUUAUUAUUGAAACUAUGGGCGGCUAUUGUGGAUAUUUAGCAACACUUGCUGGACUUGCAGGUGGUGCAGAUGCAGCUUAUAUAUUUGAAGAGAAAUUUAAUAUCAAAGAUUUAAACCAAGAUGUUGUUGCAAUGGCUGCUAAAAUGUCUGAAGGGGUUCAAAGGGGUCUUAUUCUUAGAAAUGAAAAUUCUAAUCUCAAUUAUAACACAGAUUUUAUGCAAAGACUCUUCAGUGAAGAGGGAAAAGGUUUAUUCAGCUGUCGAUCAAAUAUUAUUGGUCACAUGCAACAAGGUGGUUCACCAACUCCAUUCGAUCGUAACUUGGGAACAAAAAUGGGUGCAAAAGCCGUUGAAUGGUUCAGUACUGAACUAAAAAAAUGUACAAAUGCCGAAGGUCAAGUCAUAGCUGCUGACUCUACUUCAGCAGUAAUGUUAGGUAUUAUAAAACGUCAAUACCGAUACACUCCAUUAGCUGAACUUGUCGAUCACACAGAUUUUGAACACCGUAUUCCAACUUACCAAUGGUGGAUGAAACUUCGUCCUCUCUUAAAAGUUUUGGCAAAACAUGAAUCGACGUAUGAACAAGAAGGUCUAUAUAUCACAGUUGAAGAAAUGGACCUGGACGAGCCUCUAGUUUAAUUCAUUAUAUUUACCUAUAAAAAAAAGAGUUGUGAAUUGGACUCCAAAGUUCUCAUCAUAAUUCUGUCGAUUACUGUGUAAACGAUGCAAGAUAAUCUAGGUAAAUUUACUCUGCAGUAUUCGAAAUACUUAAAUUAUAUAUAGAUAACUAUUCAUUAAUAUAAACGGGCAUAACAGUCAAAAUAUGUUUUAUUAGCAUGGUAAAGAGAAUGUUCGAAAAUAGUUGACGUGAUUUAUGGUUUAAUUUUUUUAAACUCGAUUUUGUGUUGUCUGGAAUUUUAAAAACACUUUUUUGCAAGAUAUAAAAAAAAAUUAUUACUAUUUAUGAUGGAGGAUUAAAAGUAAUGAAUUAACUAUCAUAUUUACUUGUGAUCAUAAAUUUUUCAGUUGGAUUAAUAUUUAUAGUGCGCUUAAAUUAAAUUAAUUGGAUAGUUUUCGAACAAUGAAAAGAGUAGAAUACAAAAUUUUUCAAAAAAUAUUUAGUUUAUUAAAUUUUUUAAUUUAUCAUUUGAGCGUUACUCAAAGCUAUGAGAGGCUAUUUGGAGAAUAUACUCGUCUACCUCAAUAAGAAAACACUACAAGCGAAUAAAUUAAACUAUUUGCAAUUGCAAAAUGGCACUUAGAACAGAAGACCAACUUAAUGGUUAUUAAAUUCGCGUGAAAGGUUUUAAUGUACGCUAAAUUACAGGACUUGCAAUCUGAAAUAUUUAGAUCCGUUAUUUAAUUAAUUUAUUUUAAACAUUUAUGGAAAAAUGCAGUAUGGUAUUAUUAUAUAAAUUACGUCCAUAAUACAUGAAUUAUUAAGUAAAAUUACAUUAUAAAUAAUGUAAAUAUAAAAUUUAACAUUACAUUAUUUUAUCACCAAUACCGUGUAAAAUUUUUGACGCGUGUUACAAAUACAUGAUUAAACUUUUAUUGUUGGUUUAUAAUACAAGUGUUAUCGUAAUUUGUAAAAAUGCAUCAAUAUGAAAUUUAUGAGCUUAGAAGACUAAAGAUAACAAAUAUGAUACGAUUAAACUCAAUAAUUGCCUUUGCAUUGAUGUUUUCAAGGUAUUAAUGUCAGUUAUUGUUGACACAUCGUAUUGGAAAUUAUAAAUAUGGAAAUAUUGUGAACAUGUGGAUAAAAUAAAACAUAAUAUACUUUUGCCAGAUCAA